UUACGGCAUUGAGGAGGAGCAAGAUACUGAUCAACAAAUUCAGGAACCUCCGUCAAGCCCAGAAGAUGAUGGCACCGACCAAGUCAUUUACAACGUGAUGAAACAGAUUGAGGCUGAAAUUCGCCACUGCGUCGAGACCGGACAUCUCAUGCCCACCCUUCUGCAUCGGCGUCGGAUUCGGCGCCGCAGGAACCGGGUUGCAAGGAUCUCCAGAUGCCCGCGGGAGCAACCGAGGGACCUGACUGAGAGCGAAAACGGUGACCAAAACAGCAGCCGUCCAGCGCCUCUCCGCUGGCCCGACUGGCCUGUGACGCCACACGCGGUCAGCGUUCGCCGAGGCAUGCGGGCGCAGCUGCCGACACCGGAAGCGUUCGACGACACGCGGCUGCGGCAGGCGUACAGUACCGUCGUCUGGCGGCAGAGGGCCGAGAGGUUUCACGUCGAUCUGGAUGUGGAAGAUCCUGGCGUACAAGAUGCCAUGCUGCGCAUGCAAGAUUUCGCUUGCGUGUAGACAUCCGCGGGAAAUCCCACGUGGACCAAGCGCUCUGUCCGAUUAUCCUAUUCAUUCGUCAGUUACUUUGUUUGAGUCGGUGUAUACACUUUACCCCUGUAUUUCGAUGUUUUCAGAAGCAGCGUCUUUUGUGAACCAAUAAAAUGAC